CGCCGGGCAGGGCGCAUGCGCGUUUGCAUCCGUCAUGGUUGUGAUGUCGGGCGGGACGCAUGCGCGCCAACACUCGCGGAAGCUGCAGCAGCAAUGGCGGCGAUGAUGGAGACGAGGGUCAGCAGUCGGCUGAAGGAUAAGUCUGACGAUAUCGGUGUUCAGCCUUUCCCCAUGAUGGGCAGCCGCCCGUGUAAGGUUAUCGGCUCCAGCCGCAAGGAGACCUUCGGUGUGGUCGCAGCGUCGCUGAGGGAACUGAGGGACACAGGAUCAAAAAAAUUAAACUUGGGCAAAGCUACACAGACACACUGUACAGUUGUGCUGGAAGAAGAUGGAACCAUUAUUGAUGAUGAGAAAUAUUUUGCCCACAUGCCAAAAGACACAAAGUUCAUGAUCCUUGGAGCUGGUGAAAAAUGGGUUCCAGAUGUCAAAAUUACGUCUGGCUCGAGUAAAUGGUUAGACUGUGUGGAUUCCGCACAGAGUUCCAGUAAUUGGAAAACUCUUGCCAAUCAACUCGUAAAUAACUUUGCCCAUAUUAUUACAAUGUCUGAUGGUAACUUGCAGGCACUGAUAGAUGUGAAAACUACGGAUCUGGCAAAGGAAUUGAAGGUGACUGAAAAACACGCUGAAAAAUUACAGGACUCCAUACAAUGUGCUCUUGAUGCCAGAGAGGAACGUCACCAAGCAUUGGAAGCACUCCAGCUGUUUGGGAACGUUUGUAAGCGGCAUGAUCCAACGGAGGCCCAGAAAACUGAAGUUGAUAGUGUAAGUGCCGGGGCCGCUCGCACUGACCAGCUGAGUCAACAUGUAAUUAAAGUCCUGAAACCUAAGUUUUCACCAGAGCUUGCUUUAUCAAUCAACGAACUACAGAUGGUUUUUGCAAGUAAGGAAGGGAAUUUGGCAACGGAUUUGAAUUGUUCCACUCAAGAAGCUAAGAAGUUGCAACAAGCCUGUAAGAGGGAAUUUGACAAGCGCUCGGGAAUGGCAGGCAGUGUUGAGCAGUUGGAGAACCUUUCUUCAAGGAAAAGAAAGAUGUGAAGCCUUGUGUAACACGCAGCCAAGAGUGCAUCUCAAUCCAGCAAUUUAAAAUUAUUUCCUCUUUGCCAGGAAAUGCUGAUUUUCAUUCAUCUUUCUUUGCCAUCCUUGAAGAUUGCUUGCAUAGAAAAUCAACCUAUUAUGUAAAUGUCUGUAUGGUAAUUGUGAUCAUUGAAAAUAUAAGCUAUAUUUUGUGUAGAUGAUUCUCUGCAUAAUCAAUCAGAUGUCCCUUAUCUCAUUGUGUUGACCUUUAUUUUAUAAACAGUUUGUGCCUUAGUCUACUAAUUAAACCAGUGAUUCUUCUACUAA